GUACUACAGAGGGAGACAGUCAGAACAGCUUCAGAAUUUGCAAAACGGAAUCAGCUGCCCUCACAUGUACAGGAUCAAAUGUUGUCACACAUAUGUCUCAAAUUUAAAACAGAUGGAUUGAAGCAGCAAGAGACCUUGAACAGCCUGCCAAAAGCCAUACGUUCCAGCAUUGCGUACUAUCUCUUCUUCCCCAUUGUUCAAACUGUCCAUCUUUUCCAAGGGGUUUCUCAUGACUUCCUUUUUCAAUUGGUAUUCUUCUUUUUCCUCCCUUGUUUUUCCUUUUUUUCUGUUUCUGAAAUGGAAGCCGAGUAUUUCCCACCCAAGGAAGAUGUGAUUCUACAAAAUGAGGCCCCAACAGAUGUGUACAUACUGGUCUCAGGAGCAGUGGAUUUGAUUGCAAAUAUCGAUGGGCACGAUCAAGUCCUAGGAAAGGCUGUUGAAGGGGAAAUGUUCGGGGAAGUAGGGGUUCUAUGCCACAGACCACAGCCAUUCACUGUUCGGACCACUAACCUCUCUCAAAUAUUACGCCUGAACAGGACUACAAUGAUCAACAUGAUUCAAGCAAAUGCAGAAGAUGCACGAAUUAUUUUGAACAAUCUUUUUCGGAAACUGAAAGAUCUGGAAUGCUUUGGCUCUGAACAACACAUAGAUCUGAGUUUGAUCCUCAGUCAAUGGCUUGAUGAAGGACCAAAAGGAGAAAGCUGUUCUCAUGCUGGAGAUCCACUACUACAGGAAGUGAGAGCCAUAGAUUUACUUGAUUCAGAAGCACGACAUAAGACAGAAAGAGGAAAAGCUUGUAACUCCAAUAGAUGCAGUAAGGAUGUAAAUUCAACAACAGAGGAUGGCCAAACAACUCUUAACCUUGCUGUUCUCAAGGGGCAAAUUGAAAAGGCUACGAACCUGCUGGAAGAGGGAGCAAAUGCAAACAAACCAGAUGCAAAAGGGUGGACACCAAAUAUUCUAAAAGAACAGACAGGAAACAAAAGUAUAAAUGACCUUAUACUAAAUUAUGAAAAUAGAGGGAUAUUAAGUGAGCACAGAAUAGAGAUUACUGAAACAGAAACCGCAGAAAACAAUAGGCAUGAACAAUUCAAACCUACAAAAAAUGGGGCCACUAAUUGUUCUGACUCUUAUCUUAGAAGGCGGACAUUCUUCAGCCCAAACAAUUCUAGCUAUCCGGCGGAUACAAGAGUUGGAAGAUUUCUCAAGAGGAGAGUCACCAUUCACAUGAAGUUUCAAAAGAAGAGCUCAUCACAAAAGCAGCUUGGGAAGCUAAUAAUCCUACAUGAUUCACUUGAAGUGCUGUUCAGCGUUGCAGGUCAAAAAUUUGGAGGCUACAAUGUCACAAAAGUUGUAAAUUCAGAGAAUGCAGAGAUAGAUGACAUAAGUGUCAUUCAAGAUGGGGACCAUUUAUUUCUUCUUACAGAUGAUGGUGAAGUCAGAGAUUGUAAUGUGACCUAAUGAAUAAUGAAAUGCUUUCUUGCAGACAGUGUAAAACUAGUAGAUUCAGGAAACCAUAGAGG